UACUCCCUUUGUCAUACCUUAUUAUUAAAUUAAGCUUUAGAUCUUUACUAGUUUCAUAAUUUCAACUGAAAAUUCAAUUUCAAGGUAGAUAUGGAGACCAUCGAUUUCAAGUCUUUUGUGAAAAAAAUGAAUUUCAUGGUAGCCAAUUCUCUUGCGACGGACGGCAUCUCUAUAUCAGAUUCAAACAUGGUGUCACGACUUUUGGCUAUUUGUGAAAAGAAUGGAUAUUCAUUCAUCAAGCAAACAAUAUCAUCAUUCAUCAAGCAAACAAUAUCAUCAAAACGUCGUCUCCCCACUUUUGAUGAGGUUUGCUGCAUAUUGUACAGGUACCUCAAGGAUCCUCGCGGUAUUGUUGAUGCAGACCCAUCGUCGGAGCAUCGUCUCCGUGGUGCGCUAGAAAAAAUUAAUAGGUUUGGUGAUGUGGUUGGUGUAACAUGUAAUGUGGGUGAUUUAAUAGAUAAAGCAGCUAAAUUCAAUGUUCCUAUUUCCACGGCAGUGGGCUCAGUGGCUUCUACGGCAGGUGCAUUUGGUCAUUUGGGCCUUGCAAUUAAGGCAAUGUGCCUUGUCACUCAUGGUGGAUUUAAACUUUGGAAGGGGCUCUCACGCAAGUAAUGUAAUAAUUACAUUACUCAAAAGCUUAAAUACAAGUGAACUAUAGUACUAGUAUAAGCUAGGGCACGAUACAAAUAUCUAUUGUAUUUUAUUAUAUUGUAUUGUAUAAUGUUGUGUUGUAUUGUAUUGUGUUGUGUUGUGUUGUGUUGUGUUGUGUUUUGUUUUGUUGUGUUGUAUUGUAUUGUAUUGUGUUGUGUUGUGUUGUGUU